UCCAGAGUUGCUCUGCGAAUGAAUUAGGCUAAAUAUAUUUGCUCAAGUGAAACUUUUACAGACCUCAAGAGGCCACUAGAGGCUGGUUCUAAUCCGGUGGACUUUACCCCAUCAUCAAGCUUUGUGUGAACGAAUGAGUAGACUCAGGCACUUGUUGAUUACGUUAUGGGAGUUAGGUAAUAAAGAAUUAGUUAAGCAGUAAAUUCUGUUUUCUGCCUAAAUCCAUCUGUGAUUGCAUAGCACACGGCAGUGUAUAUAAGAGAGAGUGAAGAAGAGCUUGCAGGAUUGGAGAUAACGUCUGGUCAAUUUAUAAUUCCGACAUGAGGGUGUGCAUCAUUGGAGCGGGGGUCAUCGGCCUCUCCACCGCUCAGAGCAUCUACCAGCACUUCCACAGCAGGAUCAGCCCCCUCACCAUAGAGGUGUAUGCUGAUGUCUUCACUCCACUCACCACCAGCGACGGGGCAGCUGGACUAUGGCAGCCGUAUCUCUACGACAAGGGCAAUGUACAUGAAACUAAAUGGAACAAAGAAACGUUUGACUAUCUACUAAGUUGCCUCAGCUCUCCAGAUUCAGUGAAAAUGGGAAUCUUCCUUCAGUCUGGCUACAAUCUGUGCUCUGAAACUGCACCAGACCCCUCAUUUAAAGAUGCCGUGUUGGGUUUUCGCCAGCUGACUAAACGUGAACUAGACAUGUUCCCGGGAUACAGUUUUGGGUGGUUCAACACCACUCUCAUGAUUGAAGGAAAGACAUACCUGCCCUGGCUUAUGGACUGGUUAAAACAAAGAAAUGUCAAGUUUCAUCAAAGAAAGAUUGGUUCAUUUAAAGAGUUGGCAGAUAGUGGUGCUGAUGUUAUCAUCAACUGCUCCGGUGUCCGAUCAGGAGACCUCCAGCCUGAUCCUGAGCUCCAGCCAGCCAGAGGACAGAUCAUUAAGAUAGAUGCUCCCUGGAUAAAACAUUGGAUCUCCACACAUAAUUUCUCGUCUAGAGGCAAUUCAGCGUACAUCAUACCCGGGAGUCGUUUAGUCACUGUUGGUGGAGUUUUCCAAGUAGGAAACUGGAAUCUGCAGAACAGUUCUGUUGACCAUAAAAACAUGUGGGAAUCUGCCUGCAAGCUUGAGCCCAGUCUACAGCAUGCGCGGAUAGUAGAGGACUGGACUGGUCUCAGGCCCGCACGCAGCACAGUUAGACUGGAGAGAGAGACCAUACGAUCUGAACCAACCUCGUUUGAGGUCAUUCAUAACUACGGACAUGGUGGUUUUGGACUGACCAUCCAUCGUGGAUGUGCUGAGGAAGCUGCUCGUCUCUUUGGACAGAUCCUGGAGCAGAACGGCGUGCUAGCAUACUCUAAAUCACGUCUCUAAUAGAUCUGGGCCUCUGGGCAAUGUUAGACAUAAUUUCUACAAUAUAUGUAAAUGUACAUAUAUUAUUUUUUAUUAUACUUUAAUAGAGCUUUCAAAUAAAAGAUAACAUAACAGAAUCAUAACAGAGCUGAAUUGUCAACAUGUUAUUCAGCUAAUGUACAAUAAAGAAUCAGAUGCUAGCAUGAUUUAUUUAUGUUUGAUCUAAUGUUUUUUCAAUUAAGCUUUAUUAUUAUCAUGCACAUGUACAUCACUGUAGUGGCAAGGGAUCCUGCUCUUCGACUGUCUGAACACUAGACUUUUUCAGGUAUCUUCUACUUCAUAUAAUGCCCCUAUCAAAUCAUGUUCCAGUAUACAUUGCAUAUAUGAA